GGACACCAUGCCUGAAAUAUCCCUCCAGUGACCCUAACACCAGCUGAAGUCACCCAACACUGAGUGAAACUGUCACUUGCAGGCCAAGCAUUAACGCCUGCGACGAUGGACGAAGCCCUGGCGAUUGAAUGCAUCGAUCUGGCAUGUGAGGUGAACAACACAGAUCAUCACACGCAGAUGAACAGCCUGGACAGACUGAUCGUGAGGAGAGGCCAGCCGUUUACCAUCACACUACAUCUGCAACCCAUAGCUCACUUCCACAAUGGGGCCAAAGUCAACUUUAUCGCCAAAACAGGUCCAAUACCUUCAGUGGAUGCACAAACUAAAGCAACAUUCGGCCUCAGCAAAUUCAUCUCUAGAACAUGCUGGAGUGCUACUGCAGAACUAAUGUCAGAGAGUACAGUCUCUCUGACCGUGUGCUCACACCCAAACGCCCCUAUUGGAGUCUAUAAUCUGAUCCUGGAUCAGGGAGCUGGAGUCGGUCUAGGAGAUUUUGUCCUGCUCUUUAACCCUUGGUGCAAAAGGGACUCUGUGUACCUGGCUAGUGAAGCUGAAAGGGAGGAAUACGUCCUCUCGCAGGACGGCCUGAUUUACCGCGGGAUACCCAAACACAUCACAGAACUCCCAUGGACCUUUGGACAGUUUGAGCCAGGCAUACUGGACAUCUGUCUGAAGAUUUUAGAUGAAAACCCCAAAUAUAUAAGUGACGCAGCUCUGGAUUGUUCAGAGAGGAGAAACCCAAUUUAUGUGACAAGAGUGAUUAGUGCCAUGAUCAACAGCAAUGAUGAUAAAGGUGUUCUAGUGGGUAACUGGUCGGGUGAGUAUGAAGAUGCCAUGAGGCCGACCGCCUGGAAGGACAGCUGUACCAUCCUCCGACAAUGGAGUCAUGGAGGUUGCAGGAGGGUGCGUUAUGGACAGUGCUGGGUGUUCGCAGCUGUCGCCUGCACAGUGUCCAGAGCUUUGGGAAUCCCAUGCAGAGUCGUCACUAACUUUGGAUCAGCACAUGACAGCAACGGUGAUCUAUUAAGGGAACGUUUCUACAACGAAUUUGACGAGAACAUUUCUGACGACUCCAUAUGGAACUUCCAUGUAUGGGUGGAAAGUUGGAUGACACGCUCAGACCUAGCGCUUGGGUAUGAGGGUUGGCAGGCAAGUGAUCCCACACCCCAGCAUAGAAGUGAUGGUGCAUUCUGUUGUGGUCCUGCCCCUGUGAGAGCCAUUAAGGAGGGCGAGCUCACUUUCAAAUAUGAUGUCCCGUACUUGUUCGCUGAGGUGAACGCUGACGUGGUGGAGUACAUUAAAUUGAGAGAUGGAAGGGUGUUUAAGAUGGGGGGAUCAACUACGGCAGUGGGGAAGCUCAUCAGCACCAAGGCAGUGGGCAGAGAUGAGAUAGAAGACAUUACACACAACUACAAGUAUCCAGAGGGUUCUGAAGAGGAGAGAAAGGUGUAUGAGAAAACCAAUCAUCACAACAGACUCACCCAGGCAGAAGAGGAACCUGGUUUACACAUCAAGAUCAGGGUGACCCCAGACAUGCAGAUCGGCUCUGACUUUGACACAUACACAGAACUCAAAAAUAACACCAUAGUCACAAAGACCUGUCGGGUCAUGUUCUACGCCCAAGCUGUAUCCUACAAUGGCAAACUUGGAGAAACCUGUGGAUUGAGCGAGUUUACGGAAAUUAAUUUGGGCUCUACUGAGGGUGGUAAGGUAACUCUUCGACUGGAGUAUGCAGAUUACAGUAAAGCUAUAACUCAAGAUAGAAUGAUCAAAUUGGUGGCUUUACUCAUCGACGUAGAGACAUGCGAGUUCUACAGAGCAACAAAGACCAUCGUACUGGACAGCCCUGAAAUAAGCGUUAAUAUUCUGGGCAUGCCGAAAGUGGGCCGGAACCUUGUGGCAGAUAUGGCGCUGCAGAACCCACUACCAGAGCCCCUUGAAAACUGUGUGUUUACUAUACAUGGUGCCAACCUCACAGAUGGCAAACCAAUCACCCAUAAGGUUGGAAGAGUUGGCCCUAAGGAGUUUGCUACCGCUAAAGUGGAGUUUACACCGAAGAUGCCAGGACAAAGAAAAAUACUGAUAGAUUUUGCCAGUGAUAAACUUCAUAACAUUGAGGCCUACGAGAAUCUCAUAAUUUAUGAAUAAAUGAGCUGA